AUGUAUAGCCCCAGCUGUUGCCAGUGCCAUCUGUUGCCAGUGCCAGCUGUUGCCAGUGCCAGCUGUUGCCAGUGCCAUCUGUUGCCAGUGCCAGCUGUUGCCAGUGCCAGCUGUUGCCAGUGCCAGCUGUUGCCAGUGCCAGCUGUUGCCAGUGCCAGCUGUUGCCAGUGCCAGCUGCCGCCAGUGCCAGCUGCCGCCAGUGCCAGCUGCCGCCAGUGCCAGCUGCCGCCAGUGCCAGCUGUUGCCAGUGCCAGCUGUUGCCAGUGCCAUCUGUCGCCAGUGCCAGCUGUUGCCAGUGCCAGCUGCCGCCAGUGCCAGCUGUUGCCAGUGCCAGCUGUUGCCAGUGCCAGCUGUCGCCAGUGCCAGCUGCCGCCAGUGCCAGCUGUCGCCAGUGCCAGCUCUUGCCAGUGCCAGCUCUUGCCAGUGUGUUUGCCUACUGCCAGUCUGCCUUACCUGUCUAAAUUUGAAGUUCCUGUGAAAUCCACAGAAGUUCCUGUGAAAUCCACAGAAGUUCCUGUGAAAUCCACAGAAGUUCCUGUGAAAUCCACAGAAGUUACUGUGAAAUCCACAGAAGUUCCUGUGAAAUCCACAGAAGUUCCUGUGAAAUCCACAGAAGUUCCUGUGAAAUCCACAGAAGUUCCUGUGAAAUCCACAGAAGUUCCUGUCAAAUCCACAGAAGUUCCUGUCAAAUCCACAGAAGUUCCUGUGAAAUCCACAGAAGUUCCUGUGAAAUCCACAGAAGUUACUGUGAAAUCCACAAAAGUUCCUGUGAGCGCGGAACAGUCACAGUCACUAAUCAAUCAUGGUGAUCAAGCUGUAACAGGAUGA